GAACGACAUAAUUAAAGAAAUAAUUUAAUAGUUCAUAAAACGUUGCAUAUUACUAUAUAAUUAUGACAAUUUUUCUAUCAUUUUUAUAGAAUUUAUUGUUAACGUAUUUUGUAUGAUCAGUGGUAUUUGUAAUAUGUAAAUAAACAAACUUUUUAGUUGUUUUUUUAUCAUCACUGGAUAAAUUUUUUUUAAUUUUUACAUGAAAUUAAGUAGUAUAUUUUAGAUUAAACGCUCAGUAAAUUUUUCUAAAAUGUUGUCAGCUAAUCUGUCAGAUAGCAGUGAUGUAUCUCUAGAAGACGAAAUGUUUCAAAUUUUACAUACUAAGAAAAAGAAAACAAAAAAGAGAACUUAUGAAGAUACAGUGACAUCUAAAUUUUAUACUAACGAUGGGAGACAAUCUGAUCUUCCAUAUGUUGCUGAUAAUGUCAAAAAAGCUAAGAAACAAAAAAAAAAUAAACAACCAAAAAAGUACCCAAACUUUGAACAUAAAUCAACUAUUCCAGUAUCAUCUGAAAAUUCUGAAAAUAUGGAAGAUACUCUUGAAAGUAAUUUUGUUAAUGUAAAUGCACUAAACAGUGAAGAAAAAUCUUAUUUGAGUAACCCUUGCAGUUUUAUGAAGAAUACAAUUGGUUCUGAUAAUUCAGACAGUGAUCCAUAUGAGUCUGUAUCUCACCAAAAAAAGAAAUUAUCAACUAGGCAAAGCUUAGAUAACUGUUCAAAAUUUAGUUAUCAAUCAGAUUCAAAUUCUUCAGAUGAUCAAUCUUCCAAAGAUUAUGUUGAAAACGAAAAAAAAAGUAGUAAUAAAGGAAUGUCUUUGAUGAAAAAAAUUGGUUAUAAAGAAGGAGAAGGAUUAGGAAAAAAUGCCCAAGGUUCAGUUAAUCCUGUACAAUUACCUACACAAAAAGGCCGAAGAGGGUUAGGUUUUAGUUCACAAGCGCCUAAAGAUGCUUUUAUAUUAGAUUGGAACUCUGAUAUGAAAGAGCUUACUGAAUUAUCAAAAAUAACAGAAUGGGUAGAAAAUGAUACUCCUGUUUCAUUGACAUAUAAAAAUAUGUUGUACUGGAUUCAGGCAGGUGAAAAAAAGUUAACAUAUGAUCAAACAACAGAGUUUGCUGAUCCAGAAAUUUUUAAAGUUGUAAACUCGAGUAAGAAUGUUUUGGAUAACAUUGAUGAUCAUGAGUUUCGACAAGCCAGAACCAAAGCUAAUCCGUUUGAGACUAUAAAAAAUGGUAUAUUUCAAAAUAGAGCUGCUAUGAAAAUGGCCAACAUAGAUUGGGCUUGUGAUUUUAUGUUCACUGAACCAAAAUAUAGUAAUGGGUCAAGUAUGUUAUCAGGACCUAGUGACUUAGUGUACUUUGCAGAUAUUUGUGCUGGACCUGGUGGGUUUUCUGAGUAUGUACUUUGGCGUAAAGGUUGGAGAGCAAAAGGUAUUGGUUUUACAUUGAGAAAUGAAAACGACUUCAAACUAAAUGAUUUUUAUGCUGGGUCUCCUGAAUCUUUUCAAACUUAUUAUGGUUCAGCUGGAGAUGGUGAUAUUUACAAACCAAAAAAUAUCAGUAGUUUAAAAGAUUUUGUCAUGAAUGUAACACAAGGGAAAGGAGUACAUUUUGUUAUGGCUGAUGGAGGAUUUUCUGUGGAAGGUCAAGAAACUUUUCAAGAAAUACUGUCGAAACGUUUAUAUUUAUGUCAAACCUUGGCAGCAUUAAAUAUUUUACAAGUCAAUGGACAUUUUAUGUGUAAAUUAUUUGACAUAUUUACUGAAUUUAGUGCGGGACUUUUAUAUUUAUUGUAUCAUUGUUUUAAAAAAAUAAGUAUUUAUAAACCCGUGACUAGUAGACCAGCAAACUCUGAAAGAUAUGUUAUAUGUAAAUCAAUGAAAAACAAUAUUGAAGAUAUUCAAAAGUAUUUAUUUCAUGUAAAUAUAACAUGGAAUGAACUAGGCUCUAAUGAAGACAUUUUGAGUAUAGUUCCUUUUGAAGAAAUAACUAAAGAUUCUAUUUUUUUCAACUAUCUAUGGAAAUCUAAUAACAAGUUAGGACAAAUUCAAGCAUUAAGCUUAUCAAAAAUAGUUGCUUUUACAAAAGAUCAUCGUUUAGCUGAUGACCGCCAAAAAGACUUAAAAAAAAAAUGCUUAGAAAUGUGGAAUGUUAAAGAUGAUGUCAGACGAGCUCCUUUUAGAGGAGAUAUUCAUAUUGCUAGUAACAAUUUAAUUACUGGAUCAAAAGAUUUCUUGGAAUGUACUCCAGAAAUUUUGAAUAAAAAGAAUUUCCAGAAAAACAUUAAAUCCAAAUAUGACUGGCAUUGUGUUUUGUUAAAUGACUAUAAACCUCCAACAUUUUUCAUAAGUUUAGGUGGUAGCCAAGUGUAUGAACUAAAUAAUGGUCGAUGGACCAGUAAUGAGUCAUUAAAAAAUAUUACAAUGAGUCCUGGUACAUUAGUGUAUGGAGAAUUAGUAUAUGAAUUAGAAGGAGAAAAUCUUGGCCAGCUAAGAGUUAAAGUAUUGCAUAUAAUAGAUGCAUGUAAACUUGGCAAUAUUGAUAUCAGUAGUGAGCAUUAUUUAACCAGAAUUGAAUAUUGCAAAAAUUUUGCUAAAUCAAUGAAUACUUUGGAUUCUGAUCAAACUAAAAUAAGGGUAAAAGAACCCGAGUAUUUAGAAAACAUUUCUGAAAUAUUUGAAAGAAUUGACUUAAGGUGGUCAAAAUAUCAUCGCAAACAAGUAAAAAUGUAUUCACUUGAUGAGCGCAAGUAUUGUUGGGCAAAUGGAAUGUUAUUUAUUAAUGCUACAAUGAAACCAUGGAUGAGAGCUCUUUCUCGAACAUACAACAAAAUGUAUUAUUGGCAUCCUAAUCAAUCAUCUAUUUAUGAAGAACAAAAUCCAACCCCUGCCUAUGCUUCUUUUAGGGAAUGUUGCAAAACAAACAAAAUAUGGUUUUGGAUGGAUGAACAUGGUAAUCCAAUUGUCCCUGAAAAUAAAGAACAGCAGUUACAAAAAGAAGAUAUUUUACGUCAUUUACUUGUUUAAUUAAUUUUUUAUUAUUAUAUUGUAUUAAAUAAUUACUUAUGUACAAUAAUUUCAAAUAUGUUUGUUGUUUUAGACUUAUUCAAAUAAAAACUUUUUGUUUGUAUUUUUUUAA